AGUUCGAAAGAUGCAGAAGCUUGGGUUUCCGAGCAUGAGGAGCUUGGAUCAGUUCAAGUCCCUCUCCAAAUCGGCUUCCGGAGGACCUCCGAAGACAUUCGCCUACUCUUGGCGUCCGCCGGAGUCGACCUCGUCGGGAAGCCUCGCGAACUUGAAGCUCACCGCAGAGAAGUUAGUGAAAGAGCAAGCUUCUGUGAAAACAGAUCUGGAAAUGGCGAACACUAAGCUGAAAAAAUCGAUGGAGCACAUCCGUGCAUUAGAGGAAAAAUUGCAGAACGCUUUCAAUGAAAAUGCUAAGUUUAAAGUGAAGCAGAAGGAAGAUGAAAAGCUGUGGAAGGGAUUAGAGUCUAAGUUUUCAUCAACUAAAACAUUGUGUGAUCAGCUCACAGAAACUUUACAGCUCUUAGCUGGUCAAGUUCAGGAUGCCGAGAAAGAUAAAGAGGCCUUUGAAGGCAAACUUUCUGCAAGUGCAGUAGCUCUUAAUGGUUUGAGUCAACAAAUGAAUGAUCUGUCUAUAAAGCUUGAGUCAGCUGAGGAAACUAUUAGGACUCGUGAAAAGGAGCUGGAGCAACACAGAUUCGAGAAAGAGGAGACAGAUAAACUUUACAAAAAUGAACAGUGCAGAACAGCAAAUCUCAUAGAGGAAAAAGAUGCUAUGAUUAAGAACUUCGAAGAAACUCUAGCAACUAAUAGGUUGGCUACGGAGAGUUUGAACACUAAAUUGGGUGAGGUGCAUCUUGAUGUAAAGAUAAAAGAGGAUGAAAUCAGACGUUUGAUAGCUGUACAGGAGAACUUGGAAUCAGAAAAGCAUCAUCUCCAUUUGAGCAACGAUGAUCUUGUUAAGAGAUUAGAUAUGUCACUCCUAGAGAUAAAAAACCUUGAAGGUUUUGUUCAUGUGUUGGCUUCACAUUUGGCUGAAUUGGAUAGACAAAGUUUGAAAUUCCUGAAAAAGUUUGAUAAGCUAAAUUCUCUUUAUGAGGUGUGCUUCCAGUUGGUCAAUCAGGAGAGAGACCUUUCUACGAAGCUUGCUCAGAGACAGUAUGAUCAACUGCACAACAGGUUCUUGAACUUAACAUCAGAAAAAGAUGCUAUACAAUUGGUAAAUCAGGAGUUGAACAACAGGGUCAUGGAACUUCAGAAAGUUCAGGAGUCUAUUAUGAAACAACUUUCAGAGGAAAGCCGUACAGCCAGAGAGAGGAUACAGAAGUUGGAGUUUGAAACUGAAGCUCUGGUCUCUAAGAAGAUUGAAACAGAAAAGUUGGUGUCUGAAUUAGAACUGCAGAUUGAUUCUCUGUCAGAAAGUUCAAGAUCAUCUGAGAAUAAAAUGCAAGAUCUGCUGAUCAAAAUCUCAGCACUAGAAACUGAGAAUAAAGAUAAUACAGAGAAACUACAGGCAGAGAUACAGAUGAAAGAGGAGCAAAUAGUCGGUUUACUGAAGGAAGGUGAAACACAUGAGCAGCAUGUAGAUUUGAUGGAUAAACAAGUCAGCCAGCUUCAUAGCACACUAGAGGAAAAGGAGCAACUUAUUGUGCAAUAUAAGGAACGAGAGAAGAAUAUGGAAGAGCAGAUCACAGAGAAUCGUGCAUCGCUGACUGCUGCCGAAACUAGACUCGUGGAAAAUAAGAAGCAAUAUGACCUCAUGCUUGAGAGUAAACAACUAGAACUGUCAAGGCAUUUGAAAGACCUAUCAAAGAGGAAUGAUCAGGCAAUUAAUGACAUCCGGAAGAAGUACGAGGUGGAGAAGGUGGAGAUAGUUAACAUGGAAAAACGAAAGGCAGAAAAUGUUGUUCAAGAAAGGGAGAUAGAAUGUGAGAAAAAACUUGAAAAAUGCAAAGAAGAAACUAGGCAGCAUUUGAUGCGUGUUCAGGAGGAACAUGCUGCUCUGGUCAGUAAUCUUCAGCAGGAACAUGAUAAAAAGGAACGAAGUCUGAAAGCUAAACACAGUGAAGAGCUAAAGCAGAUCCAACUUCAAGCUGAAAACGAGUUGAGAGAAAAAGUAACAUUGAUGAGGAAUGAAUAUGGAGCCCAACUGAGAGCUUUGAGGCUUCAGCAUGAUGAUGAGAUUAAGAAGUUUGAGGAGGACCUGGAUCUUCAAAAGUCCAAAGAGGAGAAGCAGAGGGCAUUGCUGCAACUGCAAUGGAAAGUUAUUAGUGAUACGCCAGAGGAGGACCAAGAAAUGAAUUCAAAGAAGGAGUACUCAAUUUCAUCGAGGAGAAACCCUGUUGUUAAAAGGAGAGGUCAGCGUUCUCUGAGAAGACCGGAGCAUGAUGAGAAGGAGUCACCUCUAGUGGGAGCAACACAAACACCAGUAUCAACACUGUUGAAGAAAGCUUCGGAGAAUAUCAAUACACCAAGUGUAAUGAAUAUCUCAAAGCACCACAAAAAGGUAAUUCGUGACGAAUAUGAAGUUGAAAAUGGUAAUGGAAGAACUAUUAAACGGAAAACAAGAAGCACAGUCAUGUUUGAGGAUCCAAGAAAACAUAAGAGGACAACUACACCAAAAGUCAAAAGCCCCAGGGGUGUAGUCAAGGGAUCUAAUGGUGAGGGUCAACCACGUGCUUCAAACAUAGGUGACUUGUUUUCAGAAGGAUCUCUGAAUCCAUAUUCCAUAUGCAUUUGA